CUCUGGCCGGGCCGCACCCUCUCCGUUGUCAUGGCAACGCCCACUCUCUCUGAGGCCCGCCUCCAGGGUGGUGCCGACAUUGGGUCCCGCCCCGUUAUGUUCAACUUCCGCUCGGGGAAAGACCGCUUCCGGUGCCUGUGGCGCUCGCCCAGAAUCAUGGCUACGUCUCCGCCUCUGCGGGUCUUGUGUCUGGCGGGUUUUCGGCAGAGCGAGCGGGGCUUCCGCGAGAAGACUGGAGCGCUGCGGAAGGCGCUGCGCGGCCGCGCAGAGCUCGUGUGCCUCAGCGGCCCGCACCCGGUCGCGGACGCAGCGGGCCCUGAGGGCGCCGGGCCGGACCCCGGGCCCUGCCCUCCGGAGGAGCAACCUCGAGGCUGGUGGUUUUCCAAACAGGAGGCAGACGUUUUCUCGGCACUGGAAGAGCCCACGGUGUGCAGAGGUCUGGAGGAAGCCCUGGGAACGGUGGCACAGGCACUGAGCAAGCUGGGGCCUUUCGAUGGGAUCCUUGGUUUCAGCCAGGGGGCCGCGCUAGCAGCCCUUGUGUGUGCCCUUGGCCAAGCCGGCGAUCCCCGCUUCCCUUUGCUCAGGUUUAUCAUCCUGGUAUCUGGUUUCUGUCCCCGGGGCCUUGGCCUCAAGGAAGCCAUCCUGCAGGGCCCCUUGUCACUGCCUUCCCUCCAUGUUUUUGGGGACACCGACCGCGUCAUUCCCUGUCAGGAGAGUAUGCAACUGUGUAGCCGAUUCGCUGGAGCCAUCGCCCUCACCCACUCUGGUGGCCACUUCAUUCCGGCAGCCGCGCCCCAGCGCCAGGCCUACCUCCAGUUCUUGGACCAGUUUGCAGAGUGAAAGAUCAACAAAUGCCUUUGCCUCUGCAUUCCCUGUCCACCCCCCACCCCCUAAUGGGGACACAUGACCUUGAUGCAGCCUCUGUAAUCCCUGUUCUCCCCUUCUUUCCCCUACUGUGAUCUCAAGAGACAAAUAUCAAUACUUAAGACUCAAAUUAUAUAAGCCCAGCUCUGCACUCAAGAAAAAGAGGAUUAGGAGGCCUAAUGGACUUUGACCAUGGCAUCUGAUAUUCAAAUAUGAAAAAGGUCAGUGGAGCCCUGGAUGAGUGGAGGGUAACACGGAAAGCAGAGACUGGCAGCACUGUGACUGCCGCACAAUAAAGUGGUGAUUUGGAUUUUGAGCAUCUUUCCCCUGGUAUACACAGGAAAACUCAUUUUAUUAAAAAAAAAAAAAAAAAGUGGAUUCCUGGCCAUCCACACAGCCUCCAGGGCAGCAGCAAGCAGGGAGGUGUUUCCAGUUAUGAACCCUCAGGACAAGCUCAUGCAUGUGUGCACGCAGACACUUACACAUUGCUGGUGAAGUCUUAAGUCCCAACCUGAAAGAAAGGAGGCCUCCCUGAAGCAGGGAAGAAUUUACAUCUGAGAAGUUUGGGGAAGAGAUCAAUUGGCAGGGCUCUGCCUGGGCCAUACUGAGUUUUGGCUUCCUCCAUCCUGAUCCCUAAGAGUUGUGUGUUGGCCUGUCAAAACCUGGCUUCAGGGCUUCCCUGGUGGCGCAGUGGUUGAGAGUCCGCCUGCCGAUG